CCCUUCUGUCAUGAUCAGCUGGUACUGACACGGUGAGUUCCGCUGUAUGCGUGCGCUCUACCCGCGUUCUCAAUCGGAUCGUGGACAUGCACCGUCCUCAUGACAUUCAUCCUCGCUAUGGUGCUCUACUCUGACGUCCGCAAGAAAGCGCAGGCCGAGAUCGAUAAGGCAGUCGGCAUCGAACGGCUCCCAGACGUCGAUGAUAGAGCUUCGAUGCCGUACCUCGAGCAUGUGCUAUUGGAGGUCUACCGAUGGAACCCUCCCGUCCCUCUUUGCGUGCCUCACCAACUCAUUGGAGACGACGAGUAUCGAGGCAGGUAUAUACUUUCAGGCACGAUGAUCAUAGCAAGCAUCUGGUGCAUGACGCAUGACCAUACACUGUAUCCUAACCCCGAUGAGUUCUGCCCUGAGAGGUACAGCGAAAUGGAUGUAUCUACCGCAGAAUUCAGAGAUUUGCGCAAGUUCGUGUUUGGGUUCGGCCGAAGGCUCUGUCCCGGGCGGCAAUUUGCCGACUCGACAAUCUGGCUCGCGAUCGCGAGCAUUCUCGCCAUGCUGGACAUCAGUAAGGCCAGCGAUACAGCCGGGAACGUGAUCACGCCCGUGUCGGCUUUCGCCUCGGGCGCAGUGAAUCACCUGAAGCCCUUCCGUUGUGAGAUCCGUCCCCGGUAGGUGCAGAUCGUCAAAUCGGUCUUACGACAGGCUGCCAGCACAGGAACAUUGACUGCAGGUAGGGUGCUUGAGGAAGAGAAGUCCGGGCAUCUCAAACGAAGAAAUGUGUAGAACACCGUUCCUUGAUCUCUGCAGAAGGACAGAUGCGCCU